UCCUCCAAUCUACCGCUAGGCGUAGUUCUGUAAUAUUAUAGCCAUUUGUCCGUCUUGGUUACUUUUGGUUAUCCCCGAUUCUUUUAAAGUUUACGAAAAAGCAAGUGAAAACAAGUGUGACAUUUGAUAGACGUCUUGUCAAAAAUGAUAGGUGCUCAUUUGAAUGUUAAACAUAUAAGAUACUAAUAUAUGAAUAGAUAAUUUUUAUACUAUUAAAAAAUAUUAUGUUAUUUCUAAUGAAAUAUAACCAAAAUGAGUAUAACCUUUUAGUUUCAUGAUAAACACGAGUUUAUACAAUUUAUUUCUUCUUACAAUAAGAUUUUGUUUGAUAUCACAGAAUGAAUGCAAGUGCACCCAUUAAACCUCCCCGUGGAAUUAAACCCACCAAAGAAACGAGCGGUUUACUAAUCUCAGUAAUACGAGCACUUUCUGCUUCUGAAACAAAUGAACAAAGAGAGAUUGAGAAAGCUAAAUUAGAAAAAGAAUAUAAGCGAAGUGAUCAAAGAUUAGACGAAUUAGUUUCAUUGCAUGAGCAAGAUCUUAUGGAGGUUAUGCAAAUAUUUAGUACUCUAUCUGAAAGAGUUACUGCAGCAAGAGAGAAAAUUCAUGCUGUAAAAGAAAAUUUAAAUGCUUGUAAACAGUUAUUAAGCUGUAAACGCGAGGAAUUACUUAAUUUAUGGCUAGAAGGAAUAGAACAUAAACAUGUAUUACAACUUUUAGAAGAAGCAUCGACUUCGCCAGAAAAAUACAAUUUAGAAUAAAACGGUAUAAAAUACUAUUUUUAGAUAUUAAAGAAUUGAACGUGGGAAAUAAUUGUACAGUUAAAAUCUUUCUCCAUAUCAUCUACUUCAAGAAGAGUUUCCGUUACACCUAUGUAUAAAACUGAAGCAACAGUUAGUAGUUCAUCUACUUCAAUGUAAAAAUUCUUUUUUGUCUUCAUAAGUUUUAAUCGAAUGUAAUUAAUAUACAUAUCAAUAAAAUUCAAUUGUUUGUUAUUAUUUUCAAUCAUUUUAAUGACAUCUUCAAAUCUGUAAGAUAUAAUUAAUAUUAGUUAUUAUUAAAAAAGAAGCGAUGAUUUAAAAUAUUAAAAUACUUGUUUUGCAUCACUAAUUUUAUGUGGAGAUUAUUUUUUGAUGCAAUUUUUAGUCGAUUUAACAAUUUUUCUGCCAGAUUUUCAUCAGCACCUAUUAUUUAAACAUGCAAAUAUUUAUAGGCUCAUAUAUUUAUCUAUACAUUAGUAAUAAAUAAAACAUCAAAUACCUAAAUGUAUAAAAUCUUGUUUAGUUAGCAUAUGCAGCUCAUUACUCGAUAUAUUUCGUUUUUGACAUUCCUUUAAUAAACUACCAGCCCCUACAUUACGUAAAAUUAAUUCUGUUUGUUUUGUAUACGAUGGAUUAACACGAAAUGGGUCUAUGUUAUAAUGUGAUAUCAUUUUUAUAACAAAUUUUAAUUAGGUUAAUGAUUAUUUAUAACGUUAUUUAAAAAUUUAUUUAAUAUGUACAUAUGAAUAUAUGUAUGUAUACACCUCAUAUGUCUUUUUUAACCGAAUCCUGCUACUUAUGAUACAUACGUAUAUUUAUAUAUAUACGCCAAGGUUAUUUCUACCUGUUGUUCAAAACGUGUGUGACUUUAGCGACAGGUAUGGACAAAAUACGAACUACGAAGAAUAAGAGAAGCAAAGAAUGCUGUUCCCAUCAUGCAUCUAUUGUAUUGAUGUAUAAGCUUGUUCGGUUAUUCCUCUCCCUCUCCCUCUCUCUCUCUCUCUCUCUCUCUCUCGCGUACAUAACAAUUAGUUCAUGUGUUUAGAGUAGAUUGUGAACUCACUCUUUUUAGUCUCUCAUAUGUAUAUUUUUCUCUGAUGGUAGCGUGCAUCUCGUAGUGAUCGAUAGGAGGACGUCGAUACACAUUUGUUCCACGAUAAAUGCAUACAAUAAAUAUAAUUGACACAUAAGAAUUAGUAAAAUAAAUCUCCGAAGAAAAAUAAGAAUUUGUCGAAUAUUUUCUUCAAAAUGUCUCCUAUAUUACUUCAAUUAUUACUAAUACUACUACUAUUGAUAAUAAUAUAAUAUAAUAAUGUACUCAAGUAUUAUUUAUAUGCAUCUAGAUAUUAUUUAAUACAUUUUAUAUUAUAAUAGUAAAGACAAAUAAAUGGCUUUGACUGAUCCGUGAGUAAGAAAAGGUGUGGAAACAAAUGCAUAACAAUCGGAUAGUAAAAUAAAGAGGACGAAAGUAAAAGAAACAUUUCGUACUUUUCUUCAUAUGUCAUUUGUCUUAGAAUUAUCUAUCGAGGGGCAGUCAUGUAUCCGCAAAUUAUCAAGGAUGCAAGUGUUGAAAGUUUUAUGCCAUCACUUUUGUUGUCAUAAAUUAUCGCCAUGAUGUAUCUAAUAUAAGUAUAAUUCCUCUGUUUCUUCUUACUUAUAGUUCCUAUUACUAUAUUAUAAUAUUAUUAUUAUUAUAGUAAUGUAUUAUAGUAAAUAUUAUUAAUAGUAAUUACUAUUAAUAGAAGUGAACUCCUACAGAGAAAACCAUGACAAAAUAGCGCUGGGAAAAACAUCUCUGGGAGAUAAUGAACUCGUGUUUUGAUCUUUAUUAAAAAUAAUAUAUAAUAAUUAUUAAUUUUGAACGAAAUAAUCGACAAAUGUAUAUUCCUUAUAUAUAUAUAUAUAUAUGUCAUCGAACAAAAUUAUACUGCUGCUGUGUCCUAUUCUAACAAAGAUUACCGCGAAAUUCGCAUCAGCCAUCAGUUAAGGAAAUAAAUAUAAGAGAUUGGAUAGUUAGGCCUUACCAAAUUAUCAAAUAAAAUCGAGAAUCUAAGGUAGAUUUCCUAAAUUACGAAUUUAAAUGCUCCCCAAUGUAUUACACAUUGCUUGUAGAAUCUUUAUCUUUUUAGUAAAUCAUUAAAAAUUCAGGGAUUAAUAAAGCAGCCUUAAAUGGAAGUACCAAUUGUUUAUAAACAAAGAUUGCAAUAAAUGUUGUGAAAAUAUAACGUGUAUUUAUGGAUAUCUAUAUUACAGCAUGUAUAAAUAACUUAUUAAUAUUUUACAUUAUUUUAUAUUCAUUGAUAUUAUUGCAAUAUUAGCUCAUGUAAAAUGCUGAUAAAAAUUCCAUUUAUAUUUAGUUAUAAUAAUAAUUAGACAAGUGUUUUACACUUUGGAUCUUUCUCAUUUACCGUACAACAGACAUACCAAUGUAAUAGUCUUUUUUUCUUUUGUUACGAAAAAAAAAAAUUAAUAUCACAUUUUACAACAUAUUACAAAAUAAUGAUCAUUGACACAGUUUUGAUAGAUCUUCUCCUGUAAUUACUCUUGAAAGAAGAUUAUUUAUUGAUGUUAUUUUCAAUUGUACUAAUUUAAUCAUUAUAGCAUAGUAUAGCAUAGUAAUUAUAGUAAUAAUCCAUAUAAACUGCAUACAUUACAAUUCCUGUAAACAAAUACAUUAAUUUCUUUCUAAGAUUGUAAGUAUUAUAUUUUUCUUCUUUUUCAUGUUAAGCAAACCCUUUUUCAUACGUAUAUAUUAUGUAUAUCUUUUGUCAAAUUAAAAAGUUUGAAUAACAUAAGUAUUUCCUAUGUGAGGAUAUAUAUUAAUGAGGUACUCCUGUUAUUAUAUAUUCUCAAAAUAUCAAUGGUAAAGUUAUAUAGUCAAUAGUUUUAAUUUUAUAAAGAAAAUCUAUGAAUAGUUCAAUUCAUAAAAAUGAGUUUUAAAGUUUUGUAUAUAAGAAAUGUCCAAAACAAAAAAUUGUAUAAUACAGGUACAAUGUGACAAAUCUAUAGAGAUCAUCAUAUGUAUCUUUUGCUUCAUAAUUAUAUCAAGGUCAACGUAGUAUUGCUACAUUCUUAACUAAAUAUGAAAUAUUAAAAGAAAAAUUUCCAUUGAAAUUGAUUUCUUUUUAAAUAUAAAUGUUUGCAAUCUGUAAAUGAUUAUACAAUUGUUAUACUAAAUAUGUUUGCACUUCUAUUUCCCAGUCUUUAAUGUAACAAUAUUUAAUAUACCAAUUCUGAGAAAUAAAAUUGCUUCCUUAUAUUAAAUACUGAAUGAAAGCUAUAUCUAAUUUCCUUCUAUAAAACAAACGCACAACUUAUUGUACGUUUAUCUAUCUUACUAAUGUCUUCUAUGAUAAAUUUCAUGUUGCGAACAAUGAAAAUAUGUAUUGUAAAAGUGAUUAUUUUUGAGGUAUUUAAGAUUUACAUUCAUCUGUAUUAAAAUCUAUAUUUGAAAUAAUA